UUUUGCGUACAAAAACUGGUAAGUACAAUAAAGUAUGAUAUAACAAGAUAUUCCUCUACAAAGUAAAAAAUGGAGACUUACAACUUCCUCCAUGUGUCUCUUCACUGACCUUUUUCUUCCACAGUAAUCCUUUUAAUCACAAAACACUGACUUAUAAGAACCUGUGUUGAUCCACCUGAAUUGAGUGAAUUGCCAUAUUUGAAGUUAUAUCAAUCCAGUGAUCCACUUGUUUGAUCAUGGCUUCUUUGAGUAUGCCUUCUGUUUCAGAACAGAACAGAGAUGAUAACAACAACAAGAACAAUAGUAUAAGCAACAAGUUUUUGCUCCCAAGAAAGCCUGCAAGACAACCAAAUCCAAUCAUAUACAGGAGAUUGCGCCGCGGAUCAGUGGUGGCGAGAAUUUCAGGCAAACAAACUGAGUACCCUACAAAUAAGGAGUUAUUGAGAACUAUUGCAUACUUGAGAAAUGCUACAGCAGUAUUUUAUGAGCCUGAUAGAAUGUUGCCUUAUAACAAGGCCUAUAUCCAUGAUGAGGAUGAUGAUGAUGAAGUGGGGGUCACAGAAGAUGAUGAGGAACACAAUUUUCUGCACAAUGAUAAAAAGAGAAAACAAGAACUUGACAAGUCAAUGCAAAAGCCUAAUAAGAACUCCGGCUACAACUUAACUAGAAAGCAGACAAAAAAGGAAUGUGAUGUAUCUUCUUCUUCCACCUCCCAUGUGGUGGUAAACCUAAAAGACACAAGCCAGACUUCGGAUCGCGACCAAGGCUUAACCAAAAAGGUUCAACAAACUGAUUCUACACGAAAAACAUUUAUGCAAUUCUGUUCAGCAGAGAUAAUUUGUCCACCAGAACACCGAGCCGCAUUGGCAGUGAAGUUGCUUGGAGUACAAGCAGCAUUGCUAUCUUGUUUAGGUAGUCCUUUCGAAAACCUUUCGCAAUUCGCAAGCACAAGAAACAACUCGAAGAUACCACUGAGCUUGUUUCAAGCAUCUACAAGGUUCUUACCGGCGACAAUAUGGACCGGAAUGUUCAUAGUGAGCUUUGCAUACACAGUGAUGGUGGCUUGGUCUUUGGGAUUUAGAGUGCCUAUUAUCUCAAUGUUAUGUCUCUCAUUGCUGUAUUCUUUGUCUGUGUUGGUGGCUGCAGCAUCAGGGUUUAGUGUUGUAUGUGGCACAUUUAGAAUUCAUGGUACCUUGUUUACAUGUUUAGGUGUUCUUGGUUUUGUUAUGGUUCUUGUUGGUUUGGUUAUGCUGGUUCUUUUUUAUUCCUGGCUGCAUAAAAAAGUAGAAGUAGCUGAGUAACUCUAAUGCUAUGCAUUGCAUUAUGGUUUCUGAUUAUUUGUUAAUGUACUUUUAUUUUUUGUUUUCA